UGGUGAGAUAUAUAUGUUAGAAUUUUGGUGUGAUUGGUAAAAUUCGAUUAAUUGAUUAACAAACAACAUGGAAAUGUUGGAGCCAAUGCGAAAGAAACUAAAAGUAUCAAGAGAGAUCGAUAAAAAUCGUCGCGAAAGAUUAAGACAGCAAUUGAAGCUCAUCGAAAAGAGGGGCCCGUACGCGUUGAUCGACGAGCGCAUUCACGAAAUGUCUACGGGGGAGAACCUAAACAGGAUUUUGUGCGACGCUGUGAGAGGAUUGUCCUAUGCCACUAUCAAUAGUAUCUGCCGAGCCAAGCUGGUUGUAGACAAGCUUCCGGGCGAUCAGGAAACAGCCAUUCAUAUUUUACCUAAAAUCGGUAAUUUUGAUCGAAUUUGUUUCAUCUACAAGGUAUUUGAGUGCUACAACAACUUCAUCAACUUCAGUGAUCCAUACGGAUUUACGCAUUUACAUGCGUCUGUCAUACUCGGCCUUUUAGAUGUCGUCAAGUUUAUGUUAAAACAAAAGAUGGAUAUUAACGUUAGUUUAAAGUUGCCAAAGAUUAAUCCGAGGCCCGAGUGUGAAGUAACUCCUUUGUUCUUGGCUCUUCAACAUCACAAGACGGAUAUCGUUAAAUUACUCUUGAAAAAAGGGGCAAAAGUCGAUACGCGUGGUCUUAUGAACGAGACGCCAUUGCACGUCACUUGCUCCGACUACGGCCAAAGGAGUGAAUAUUUUCAAACUUACAAGAAUGAAGGUGUGCAAAUGUCCGAGUUUUACGAUUGUAAGCUCCAAUUUGACUAUAUUCGAUUGCUCAUCCAGAAAGGCUGUCAAGUCAAUGCCCAAGAUACGUUCGGCAAUACCCCGCUGUUUAAUCUUCUCGGAAACACUAAAAGACACCCUGCUCAAGUCGGUGCUCUUGAACUUCUGUUAAAAAGUGGCGCCGAAGUGAACAUUUUGAAUGCGAAAAAUGAAAACGCUAUGCACGAGCUUUGUCGCUCGGGAGAUCUGUAUCGCCAAUCUUUGGAGGAGGACGACGAAUGUUUUGAUGAUCCGAUCGGUGUCAGACUAGCAACUGCUCUCAUUGAAUAUGGGAUUGAUUUUAACGUCAUCAAUAUUCAGGGUCAAACGCCGUUGCAGGUGGCCGUCAAUCAUUUGAAUUUUGAUUUGGUGAAACUACUUUUGGGAAAAAAUGCCUACUUUGGAAGUGUCCAUUUUCUAAGUGGUCCGAUCUUUGGUAAUUUCAAGGUUCACGAGCCAACAUGGAAAGCCAUACACGUUUUUUUCAACAUUAUCGAUGUUCUGCUGGGACAUGGAUUCGAAUUUGACUUGCAACGCAUCAUCGAAGUUAUGAAAUACUUUAAUGCAUCGAAAAAUCUUAAUGAGGUUGACGCUAUCAGUGGUAUACAAGAAAGUAUUUCUUCAGCAUAUUUGCAGUAUAGAAAGUUAAUAUCGGUCGCUGUGGAAAAUGAUUUAUUGAAAACUCUCGAUCAUUAUUUUACCAAAAUGAUUGAAGAAGCUGAUUCUCUUUAUAAAUAUUCAAGAGACUCUUAUAUUUAUACUUUGAUUUUCAUUCAACUUGGAAUCAUGCGACUGAGUGAUGUGUUUAAAAACGAUGCAUACGAAAUUCUUGAGAGAAUAGAAAAUACACAAGCUUAUAUUGACUGGAUAAAAACGUAUAAAUAUUUCUCAGCCAUGGAAGAAAUCAAUAAAAUAAUGAAAAGGGCAAAAAAUAUUGCACUCCUGAAAUAUUUUACCUGUGAAGAUUAUUUGUUUCUUAGCGAUGUCACGGAAAGGUAUAUUGCCAAAUUUUUGGUUCGUGAUUUUUUCUUGCAUAAAGGAAAGUCUUGGCUGAAGUUCUGUUGGGCGGACGUCGAAGUACCAGAUAAAUGUUUGGAUAAUAUUUUAAAAUAUAUGAGCAACGAAGAUAUAUGUUCCAUGCUUGAAUUAAAUGGACAAGAAUUAAACAACAAUAAAAUGAUUGAGGUUUUUGAGCCUUACUAAAAGAUUUUUAUGGAUCUUGUAUAUUACGCAAGUUUUUGAUGAUCUUGCAAAUGGGUCUAGUCGACAAUAUACUUGAUUUAUGUAAGUGAUUUUAGAUAAUAGACCUUAAUUCCAAUUGACCUCUAUCUCUGUGAACUCAAAUAUUAUUAUUAACAACACAUAACUUACGAAAGCUAUACGUUUUAACCCAUUAACGACCAAACUGCUUGAUUUUUUUGUUGGUUUUCGUAGUGAUUUUUUUUGUAAU